GCGGGCCGUGAGAGGACGCCGUGCGCUGGUGCUGGCAUCUGGAGCGUGGGGUCGUCGGCGUCAUGUCGCGAUUGAUCGUGAAGAACCUCCCAAAUGAGAUGAAGGCAGAGCGUUUCCGGCAGCUUUUCGCCGCCUUCGGCACGCUGACCGACUGCAGCCUGAAGUUCACCAAAGAUGGCAAGUUCCGCAAGUUUGGUUUUAUUGGCUUCAAGUCUGAGGAAGAGGCCCAGGCAGCGCUGAGCCAUUUCAACAGGAGCUUUAUCGACACGUCCCGGAUCACAGUAGAGUUCUGCAAGUCUUGGAGAUCUGAUGAAGCCUGGAGCAAACAUGCCCAGAAACCCAGCCAGGCCAAGCAGCCAUACGACUCUGUUCCCCCAGAUGCUAAGAAAGACCACAGCAAGAAAAUAGUGCCAAGCGAACUGGAGAAGCUGAAGGAAGAUGGCGACUUCCAGGAGUUCCUGUCCAUUCACCAGAACAGGGCCCAGGUGGCCACGUGGGCCAACGAUGCUCUGGACACUGAGCCCCCGAAAGGGAAGAACAAGCCAGCCAGUGACUAUCUGAACUUUGACUCCGCCUCCGGGCAGCAGAGCGAGGAGGAGCAAGAAGAGGAACAAGGCCUGCAGCCAAAGGCAGCUGUGCAGAAGGAGCUGUCAGACAUGGACUACCUGAAAUCCAAGAUGGUGCAAGCUGAGGUGUCCUCCUCAGAAGGGGAGGAGGACGAGGACAGUGAAGACGAGGCAGUGAACUGUGACGAAGGCAGUGAGUCCGAGGAGGAGGAGGAAGAGGAGGGCUCCCCUGCUGCUCCAGCCAAGCAGGAGUGUGCAAGCCAGGGAUCCCUGCCUGGGAGCAGAAGGCCUCAGGAGGCUGCAGACAAGGCAGGGAAACCAGCCCACCAGAAGGAUCCCACCACUCCCUACACUGUGAAGCUACGAGGAGCCCCGUUCAACGUCACCGAGAAAAAUGUUAAGGAAUUCCUGGCACCCCUGAAGCCAGUGGCCAUUCGAAUAGUGAGAAACGCUCACGGGAACAAAACAGGGUACAUCUUUGUGGAUUUAAGCAGUGAAGAGGAAGUGAAGAAAGCUCUGAAAUGCAACCGGGAAUACAUGGGUGGACGCUACAUUGAAGUGUUCAGGGAGAAGCAGGUUCCCACGGCCCAGGGACUCCCAAAGAGCAACACCAAAGUCUGGCAGGGCCGCACCCUUGGGGAGCAUGAGGAGGAGGAGGAUCUGGCUGACUCAGGGAGACUCUUCGUACGCAACCUGUCCUAUACCAGCUCUGAGGAGGACCUGGAGACACUCUUCUCUGCCUAUGGGCCCCUGUCAGAGCUCCACUACCCCAUCGACAGCCUGACCAAGAAGCCCAAAGGCUUUGCCUUUGUCACCUACAUGUUUCCUGAGCACGCUGUGAAGGCCUAUGCCGACGUGGACGGGCAGGUGUUCCAGGGCAGGAUGCUCCACGUCCUGCCGUCCACCAUCAAGAAAGAAGCCAGCCAGGAUGCUGACACCGCAGGCUCCUCGUACAAGAAGAAGAAGGAAGCCAAGGACAAAGCCAACAGCUCCAGUUCUCACAACUGGAACACGCUGUUCAUGGGGCCGAAUGCUGUGGCCGACGCCAUUGCUCAGAAGUACAAUGCCACCAAGAGCCAAGUGUUUGACCAUGAGACCAAAGGUAGUGUGGCCGUGCGGGUGGCCCUGGGUGAGACCCAGCUGGUCCAGGAAGUCCGGCGCUUCCUCCUUGACAACGGUGUCUGUCUGGACUCAUUCAGCCAGGCUGCCGCGGAGCGGAGCAAGACGGUGAUUUUGGCCAAGAACCUGCCGGCAGGCACCCUGGCUGCGGAGCUGCAGGAGGCCUUUGGCCGCUUCGGCAGCCUAGGCCGCGUGCUGCUGCCUGAGGGUGGUGUCACGGCCAUCGUGGAGUUCCUGGAGCCCCUGGAGGCCCGCAAGGCCUUCAGGCACCUGGCUUAUUCCAAGUUCCACCAUGUCCCUCUGUUCUUGGAGUGGGCUCCAGUUGGUGUCUUUGGUGCAGCCCCACAGAAGAAAGAGUCCCACAUCACCCCAGCAGAACCACUGGAAAAGGACCACGUGCCACCAGAAACAGCAGCAGAUGGUGAGACCCCAGAAGGUAAGAAGGCAGCUGAGGAAGGAGCAGAGGCCCCCACAGCCAAGAUGGAGGAAGAAGAGGAGGAAGAGGAAGAGGAAGAGGAGAGCCUUCCUGGGUGCACCCUGUUUAUCAAGAACCUCAACUUCAGCACCACGGAGGAGACACUGAGGGAGGUGUUUUCCAGAGUGGGAGCAGUGAAGAGCUGCUCGGUGUCCAAGAAGAAGAACAAAGCAGCGUCCAGAGUGUUGGGGGUGUAG